GCAAAAGGCUGCCGCCUUGGCCGGAGCAGAGCCGCGCCAGGAUGGCGCAAAAGCUGCGAGCUUUAGCGCAGCGCGCGCGCCUUCGUGGGUAGAGCCACCCAGCGCGGAGAAGAACUCACGGGCGAGCUCGCGGCCGUGCGCGACCCAGUGGGCCCCGACGCGUACAAAAACGCCGAGGCGCGGCGGAGAAAGUGGCGGCGGCACCAGCGUAGACGCGGCGGCCGCACAGUCAUGGCGGGCCCUUGAUCUGAAGAAAAUGCCAAGCGUGGGCAGUCGCCGCUACUUUUUCGUGGCGGUGGAGUGGGUCACAGGGGGGGGCGGCCCGGUUCGUUUCAAAAAGAUCCGGGAUGAAGUGCGAGGCGACAAGACCACGACGGACGGGCGCGGUUUGAUGAGUCGCCGGCGUUGUGUGCGGGGGGCUAGCGCCGCCAGCAUCAUGCAAGCAUUCGUCUUGCAUGAUGCUGGCGGCCGUGUUCGGCCUCGCCUUUUUCGCGGCCUAGCAAGCCCGGGACAGGAAGUGGGGGCGGGCGCGUUUCGUGUUGGUGCGGGCCCUUCCACUUUGGAAGCGCUCUACGUCGUUGGGGCCCCUUCUGCUCCCCGAAUUGCAGGCAGCCCGAGCGUCGGACACUGGACUUCGUGGCGCAGGCCCAUAUGCUGGAUGAUGCUCCGAUGCUGGAUGAGGUCGGCGGCCCGCUCUGCAUUGUGUGCGGCCGGGCAUUGCCAGCGGGCGCGGAGCUGGCACGCUCGUGCGGGAAACUCGCCA